AUGCAGAAAGCGGGUGCGAGCAGUCCCACAAGCGCUGUCAUAGGAGGUCCCGAAGGUAUGGCUGAGGAACGCACAGAGAAUCCAAGCCACCCCGUUCCUGAUAAGAAUACCACACACGCUGGCCCUGAGUUGGGGUAUGGUGGACAGUUAUCCCAAGAUCGGCCAGCCUUGUAUCAAUUUGAUCCAUCAGAGUCUCUCUUGAACGAUGACUUAGACGAAGGAUUUGUUAAUUGGGACGAUGACCCCUGGCGAGAGCUUCUGAGACCAGCCGAUGAUGGAUUGCGCUGA